CAAAAAUAUGUACACAAACAUGGGCUACUUGACAUCUUCUUUUAUUUUCUUCUUCCUUGCUUUAGUGACUUACACUUAUGCUGCCACUAUCGAGGUACGCAACAAUUGUCCCUACACCGUUUGGGCAGCAUCGACCCCGAUAGGCGGUGGUCGACGUCUCGAUCGAGGCCAAACAUGGGUCAUCAAUGCGCCGAGGGGCACUAAGAUGGCACGUAUAUGGGGUCGUACUAAUUGCAAUUUUAAUGGUGCUGGUAGAGGUUCAUGCCAAACUGGUGAUUGUGGUGGGGUCCUACACUGUACCGGGUGGGGCAAACCCCCAAACACCCUAGCUGAAUAUGCUUUGGACCAAUUCAGCAACCUAGAUUUCUGGGACAUUUCUUUGGUUGACGGAUUUAAUAUACCGAUGACUUUCGCCCCAACCAAUCCUAGUGGAGGAAAAUGCCAUGCAAUUCAUUGCACGGCUAAUAUAAACGGUGAAUGCCCUAGUCCACUUAGGGUACCCGGAGGAUGUAACAACCCUUGUACCACGUUCGGAGGACAACAAUAUUGUUGUACUCAAGGCCCAUGUGGUCCUACAAAAUUUUCGAGAUUUUUCAAACAAAGGUGCCCUAAUGCGUAUAGCUACCCUCAAGAUGAUCCUACUAGCUUAUUCACUUGCCCUAGUGGUAGUACAAAUUAUAGGGUUGUUUUUUGCCCAUAAUUGAUGCCACAAUAAAGCAUAUUUUGCUACAAAUUGAAUGGUAUGAAAAAAUUACCAAAAUAAUAAGCAUCUUAAACGGUCUGCUAAACUAUGUUGCCUUAAUGUGAUAAUAAUCUCCAACGUGUGUUAUGUAUGUCUCCCUUCAACUGAAUAUAGUUUUAUCAUAAUGAAUAAACAAUAAUAUCGUUAGUACUUUUA